UCUCACCUUGCAAUAUUGGUUCAGCGUUGCCCAAGACCCAGACAUAGCUAGAUCAAACACAACGACGAGGAUCAGUAGAGGACCUUCAAAGCUUGGCAUGUGAUAGCCUGGGAUACACACACGCAAUGCCAGCAAAUGCAAAUGCUGAUAGUGGAGCCGUUUCUCCUUGUCGGGAUCGUUCCUCUCAACAGCAUUCGACCUUCUGCACCCUUUCAUCACACCAUCGCCAAAACAGCAAUGGCUCACAUUUAUCUCGGAAAUACCGGCCGCGCGUCGUACACCCGCUGGAGAUCUUUCACCAUCUAUCAAAAACUGCUGCGGCUCCGUCAUCCAGAUCCUUCUCGCACGUCAACCUUGGAAGUAACAGACCCAGGCUCGCAUAUGCGCGGUUCAUGGAAACGCCUCCACACAAAGGCGGGGAGUGGCAUUGUGCCUCGUAGUAACUUUGCCAGCUCUAUCUGGAAAGGAAAACUGUACGUAGCUGGAGGCUUUCAAGGCAUCACGAUAGGGCUUUAUUACCGUGACAUUUGCUGUUUGGACUUCGCUUCCCGCGACGGCUAGAAAGAACUUACCAAGUAUCCGGUCAUCGAGCCCGAACACCGAUGCAUCAUGCGAACCUGGACGAUGAAGGUAUACAAGGACAAUGCAUACUUGUUCACUGGUAAAAAG